GGCCUGGCCCUUCUUUUAAAAUGGGCCACCCAAACUAGAACCAUAGGAUCGCUUGUGGAAUCCUAAGUGGCCGAAACCCUAACCUUAAACAGUUAAACUUCAAGUUAUGGGGGUUGAGCGUUUUUAAUAUAUGUUGCUGUGUUAAAAAAAAAAAAAAAAACAGUUAUACGUAUCUCUCUCUCUCUCUCAGCCAGAUCCGCAGAAUUCAAACGAUCAUGAACGGAAGAAAAAAUUAUGAUUCCAUCCCGACUGAUCUCAUUCCAGAGAUACUCUUAAGAUUGCCUGGAAAGUCAAUAGCAAGGUUUCGUUGCGUGUCAAAGCUAUGGCUAUCCAUACUUACCCGUCCACGUCUUUUAGUCGCACUCGAACGAGCCAACGAGGAGAUGCUCUUCUUCUCCUCGCCUCAUCCUCAGAAUCCAUAUGACAAUCCAUAUGACAAGCCUUCUCCUGUGGUAGCUGCUGAUUUUCUCAUGAAGUUCGUAUGCCCAGAACUUCGAGCGUUUACUUCUGGUUUGAUCUAUUUAUGCUCUAAUGAGCGUGUGAUUUACAAUUUAAGCACAGGAGAGUAUGUGAAUUUACCUGACCUGAAGAGAUACAGAAAGUCCAAUAGCUUUUUAGGGUAUGAUCCACUUAACAAGCAAUUCAAAGUAUUGUUCAUGGCUUAUUUAAGUGGUCCUGAUGAUCAUAGAAUUCUGACGUUAGGACCAAGUAAAAAGAAGAAGUGGAGGAAGAUCAAAUGUCGGUUAAUACAUCAGCCUUUGUAUGAUCGGGUACGCAUCAAUGGGAUAUGCAUCAAUGGGGUUUUGUAUUACAUAGGUAAAGCCGAUGGUUACACAGCUGAGGAGAGGCCUUACAUGAUAAUUUGCUUUGAUGUUAGGUCUGAGAAGUUCAAGUUUGUUAAAGCAGAAUGCUUUGGUGAUCCAAAAGCUACUAAACUGAUUAACUAUAAGGGUAAAUUAGGUGGGAUAGACUUGACAUAUAAUGACUCUGAUGCCAUUGAGUUGUGUAUGUGGAUUCUAGAGGAUGUUGAGAGAAAAGAAUGGUCGAAAUAUGUCUACACUUUGCCUCUGAACAAUAUCCGCAAUGUUUUUGUUGUUGGGGUGAUUACUACAGGUGAGAUUGUUCUUUCAGGGAAGGUUACAUCUACACCGUUUUGUGUUUUCUACUUCAGUCCCGAAAGAAACACUCUCCAAAGAGUUGAAAUCCGAGGUGUUGGAGAAUACCAUGAAGCUUUUGAGACUGAAUGCACAGUUCGAGCAUUUGUAGACUAUGUAGUUGAUUCUAAGUUUAUAACAUAAGAGUCUAGCUAGUUAUGGCUAUGAAUGUGUCUUCUCAAUCACAGGUUCCGUGUGAGUUUUAUCACUUUGUUGGCUUUUCAUUUUUUGUUUACUGGUUUAUACCACCUUAUUUGAGAACUAUUGAUGUUUUAAUAAUAAAGUUUAAAUGUUUGGGUUUGGCGUUUUGCUUUAACCGUUCGUUAGAAAAUACACUCAUGCACACACAUUUUAAUAAUAAAUCACUAGAUUCAAAACAUUAAGAACUGAUUGUUAAGAGACAAGUAAUGUGUAUUUUGUGUCUCACACACACAUGUCCCUCUCUCUUCUUUUGAAAGAUGAGGAGAGAAAUAUGAAGAUUAACAAUGAACACAAUGCAUGCUUACGACGAGCUGCAAGUCAUCAAGAAACUCACUUCAGCAGGAAAGAGGAGUGCUUACGGUAUUACCACUCUCAACUGUUUUUCCCAGUCUGUUCACCGAGUGGAUCUUUCCAAAGCAUAUCUGAAUCAUCAAUCAUCAUCAUUGGUUUUAUUUAGAAAAAUUAUAAGAACAGAGAUAGAUCAUGAGAUGCUGAAAUGGAAACCAUAUAAAAUUACUUGAGAUAACUAAGCAACUUGUGUUUUAGAGAAAUACUUCAAACUCAAUAUAUGAUGUUUAAUUACAAGAGUUUUGCUUUCUAUUUCAUCUGGAGGACUAAAUGCCAAAACUGCCUCUUAUUGUUAUCAAUAAACCUUGAAAUGUCAACGAGUCUCUUGAGAGAAAUUAUCAGAACAGAGGUAUGGUCAUGAAAUACUGUUGACAUGGAAACUAUAUAAAAUUACGAAUUACUUAAGAUAACUAAGCAUCUUGGCUUUUACUUGUGGAGAAAUACUUCAACUCUCAAAUAAUGUUUAUUUGCAUUCUUUUUCAUCAGCCUUGCAGAAAAGUAAAUGUGAUAUUAGUGUGGACUAUGUUGAAAAGUAAACUUGAUUUGAGUCAUAUAGACUAACAAAUCACUAAUCAUAUUGGUUCAAACUUAAUCCGAAUUUUGGAUCUUUAAAAUAAAAAUCUAUAUAAUUUCAUAGAAUUGUCUGGAUAACUAAGAUAACAUAAUCAAAUAUUUUAAUAGAAUUCUCUAGACUAAGAAUUAAAAUAUUUGAGAUAAUUUGUACUUUGAAAGCUAUAAAUAUUUUCACUCUCUUUUUAUUUUGAGUCAUCCAAAUUAUAAAAUAUCCUUUUAAAAUGAUAAAAAAAAACUUAUGACAUGCUAAAUAUGUAAUCUGAAUUUCACAUAACGAUUACAAUAUCAGUUAAAAAUUAAAUUAAGGAAAUCAAAAUUUUGUUAACAAAAACAGGAAAAACCAAGAGGAGAUUAGAGUUAAUUUCAGAGAAUAAUAAACCAGCUUCAUUCUGCAAAACAAUUACCGAAAAAAUUAGCCAGAAAACAAGAAAUAUGUCGGAGAAAACAUAUAUUUGCUAAAUAUUGGAGAAUAAAGAUAUAUCUAGAAAAUUCGCCCAAGAAAAUACAUAUUUUUUGUAGGAGGCAUGGUUAAUUGAACGGCAAUUUUGGAUUAUACAUUUUGUAAACCUCACGGCUCGACAUAUUGCAGUUGAUCCCCGAUGUAAGCGUUGUGAGGAACUUGAAUCUAGUUAUCAUCUUCUCUUCCAAUGUAGCUUUGCACAGCAAAUCUGGAGCUCAGCUCCGUUUGUAAGAACCAUUAAUGUAAGCGGAUCCCUAGAUUUGAGGACAACUUGGAACAGUCUGCAUGAGAACAUUGUCCUGCCCCCAUUGGAACAUGAAUACGGCUCUCGUGAGAUCUGAUUCAGCUUGGAAUGCUUCGACGCGUCGAGCGGGACUGGGUUGGACAACUCGAACCAGAAACCAGAGGACCUCAUCUACGGACACAGUAGACCAUGUUAGCUCACCACUUCUGGCGGAAAGCCUCGCGCUCCGUGCUGCAUUGACUGAAUGCCGAGAGAUGCAUGUGAGGGAUUUGAGAUGUGAAGCGUAUUCUUCCCAACUCAUCAGAGCAGUAACUUCGAACUCCAAGUCUAAAGAGAUUUACGGCAUUGUAGCCGAUAUUAAGAGCUUGGCUCUUUCUUUUGUUGUAAUUUCUUUCUGUUGGAUCCCUAGACAAAUGAACAGUGAGGCUGAUCUCUUGGCAAAGCAGAGUUUAUCUGCUAACCAAGUUAAUAGGGUCAUAACUACUGCCAACCAACUUUAUGAUGAUUAAUGAAUGUGGUUUGGUGUUAAAAAAAAAACACAAAGUGUGUCUUUUCUUGAAAAAAAGUUGUUCAAUGUGCCUUAAAAAGUCGUAAACGACUUAAAAAAUCAACAAGCCCACUCCUGCCAAGCUAGAGAUGGCAAUUUCAACCGUUCCCCAAAGCCUAAUGAAUAAAGAAGUGAGUCAAUAACAACACAUAUGUCAGAGUCUAGCAGCACAUGUAACUUGCGAUUGUUGUCACGUUCUCUCAUUACUCACAACCACAUCACCUCGUCCGUUCUAUUCUUCAAGAUGCGGACAAACCUAAGCUCUAAGACAAUGGACUACUUGUUUAUUUAUUAAAUUCUUAUAGAGUGAAAAGAACUCGUAGCACUACGUAUAUAAAAAUGGUCUUUUUAAAUAAAAUGAAGAUACAAAGAUCCAAAUUUCAGAAUAGUGAUUUCAUCAUUCGGAUCCUCAAAUUAAAACCUUAAACAACGAUGGAUCUCUCACCAUAUGAUUAUUAUUUAUUAAAAGAAACUAAGAACUCGUACAAUGACGAUAUUACGAUAACAAAAAUGCAACAACAAACCACACGACUACCUUUGUCACCCGGAAAGGUAGUCGAAGCCGUCUUCGUCGCUGUAAUAAAAGCCGAGGUUACUAAUCGCAGCUGAAAGAGAGUUAUUCAUAGAUGCAUGCUUCGUCGCCAGAUACGGCAUGUUGUUGAAGGAACAAUCAAGACAAGUCACAACAUUGUUCAAUUCCUCAUCAUUUUCAUCUUCACCACCACCUUUGGUAUGCAUCACUUUCUCAGCUCGGUGCUAAAGACUCUGAAACAUUUCUGAGACACCUUGGGCCAGCUGAUACGUCCUAAAUUAGGGAAGGAUCGCUCAAUCGGACUAAAAGGAUAUGAACUCGCCAAAAGGGAGAACUGAUGGAUUGAACGGUGACACAAUGGGUUGCGGAUGGCCCAAUGAUAUUACCAGACUUCAGUUGGUACUUGAUAUGACUCACAAGUUCACAAAAAGAAGGAUUUCUAAAUGUUGCCAGAUAUGACGCACAUGUCCAACGAAAUAGAGAUUUGUUUAUUCGGAGAUAACCUCACCAAGAAACGAAAAGUGUUCUACAAAGAACAAAGAGAUAAACUCAAACAAAAGGGAAAAAAGAAUGUUUUAUUUCGUGGCUCAUAUGCCCUAUUUAUAGGAUUACAAGUUAUAGAAAUCCAAAGAAGAAUGUGCUAAAAACAAGGCAUUGAAAAUAAAAACAAAGACUUGACUAAGUAAAGUAUUUGACUGAAACUUGUACUUCCUCUUGAUAUAGCCACGACCAUGACUUUGAAAAGUGAAGAAUAUGCUCCUGAUAUGGGCCAAGACAUGUCUCUUUAAGGCCUGGUCGAAAUCCAUUUUUUUUCCUUAGCCAAUUUUUAUCGGUUUCUCGAUUUGGCCCAAACAAGUUUGUUUUUGAUUUUUUUUUUGUAAACCAUCAAUCCCAAGACUUUCUUGGACAUUUAAAACAUGAAUAAUCACAUUUUGCAUGAUUGAAUUGGUCGUUGGUUCAUCAGAAAGAAGGUUAGCCAUUUUCAGCUUCUCGGGUGGUCUGAAUUCGCGAGAACUGAAGAUCACCUGAUUUGUAAAUGGCAUAACUGUCACAUAUGAACUCCUUAUUCUUCUUCGAGGAGCUCCGUAAUUGAGUUGAGAACAUUCUACAAGUGAUUUCAUGCGUAGAAGCCUCUUGGUUUGGAAGAUAUGAGUCAAACAAUGAACAUAUAUCGUUACUGCUUCCCAUGAUCAAGCCAUUCAUGUCUGUUUUGCCCGGUGCGCUACCCAAGGGCACAUCAUUCCCUCCCUAUUGAAAAGGAUUUAACCUCAAAUCCAUUUACCUAUAUCAAAAGGAAAUGAAUCAGGAAAAAAGAAUCUAAAGAACAUGUAAAAUAUAGUGAAGGAAAAUUUUGGAAAGAAACUUCCUUGGAGUUUUGAAGUUGUUUUCCUCAAGUACUUCCAUCUCCAAUCUCAAACUUAUAAGCACGAUCUCUGCUUCUGUUCCUGGCACCUCUUGGAGACUGAUCCUGUUUAUCCUGGACACUCAAAAUAAACAUUAAAAUGCCAGGAUUAUAUGUGCAAGACAAGUACUUGUUCAGAUAAGAAACCAAAGUUUCUUUCCCUAGGAUAUGUAGCACACAUUUCAGAUCAUCAUGAAGCCUAUCAAAGUAAGUGUUGUACACCAGAAUGGUUUCAGGGCACGUUAUAGCACAGUUACUAAAGAACAAAUUCAAAACAUGCGCAAGUUUCUCAGAUUUAGAACACAAAAGA